GCCCCUUCAGAUUUAGAAUCAGCCAAUCCUUGUCGGGAUAACCCCCCGGAAGCGAUUGGCCGCAGGUUUCAGCGUGUCUGCGGACCCUUGCUGGGUCGGGGCGCUGCGGGCGGCAGGAUGUCCUGGUCCGGCCUCCUCCGUGGCCUCAGCACGUCCCUGAGUUAUGGCCUAGCUCUGGUCCCCCGCCUGGCUCCCUGGGCCACCCGUCCCAUGGCCACCCUGAACCAGAUUCAUCGCAAGGGACCCAAGAAGCCUGAGCAUAAGCGUCUGGGCCCCACAGACGGCCGGCCACAGCUGAAGGGGGUGAUUCUACGCACCUUCAUCCGUAAGCCCAAGAAGCCUAACUCCGCCAACCGCAAGUGCUGCCGAGUGCGGCUCAGCAACGGCCGGGAAGCUGUCUGCUUUAUUCCCGGCGAGGGCCACAGCCUACAGGAGCACCACGUCGUGCUGGUGCAGGGAGGCCGCACCCAGGACCUGCCUGGUGUCAAGCUCACUGUCGUGCGGGGCAAGUAUGACUGUGGCCAUGUGCAGAAGAAGUGACUGCUGGCUUCUGCCAGUGUCCUGAGGAUGUGGUUCCAGCUCUGCAGAGCUACUGGGUUAAAAUCCUGGCUCCAACUCUUUCAUCAGGGUCAAAAGCCCACAGGAAUCCUGAGAGUGAACUAGAAAAGGUAUCCCAGGCUUCCCUCAAGUAAGAGACACCUCUCUGCUAGGACUGGACACUGUACUGCCCUCCGCUGGAGUGGGAGAGCAGCUGCAAUAAACACAGAUCCUCGGGGUUGUAAUGUGACCCUCUUUA